CCGAUUUUUCCUGAAACAUCUUGAGGCUGUCAAGCAUCAUUAUGGUGAACUGCUGUGGUUUGCUGUCUGAGAAAAAUGUGCCAGUUCCUCUGAAGAGCAUCUCGGUGCAGCUGCAGGUUCGGGAUCACGUGGCCUCCGUCAGCUCUAGUCUGCAGUAUGUCAAUGAGGAGGAGCAUCCGCUGGAGGCCGUGUUCGUCUUCCCUCUGCCCGCCGACGCCAUCGUCUGCCACUUCAGUGCAAGGAUUGGAGAGCAGGAGAUUGUGGCAGAGGUGCAAGACAAAGAGAGCGCGCGGGAUCAGUAUGAUGAUGCUGUGAGUUCGGGUCAGCAGGCGUUUCUGCUGGAAGAGAGUGAUGAGAGUUCGGACGUGUUCAAACUGAGUGUCGGCUGUUUGUCUCCGGGUCAGAACGCCUCCAUCACCAUCGUCUAUGUCAUCGAGCUCAGCGUUCAGGCCGAUCACGCGCUGCGCAUCUGUCUGCCGGCUGUACUCAACCCACGAUACACACCCGCAGCUUCAGCAUCCGGUGUUCCAGAAGUUUCCUCAGCAUGUGUUAUUCCUUACACUCUGUCUCUGAGUGUUGUUGUGAGAUCUUCUGACCGAAUAUCCAGACUGGAGUCCAGCUGCCCUCUGGAUCCUCUAGAGUUCCUCGACGCGCAGCACACUCAUGCCACGGUGAAUCUGAGUGCUGGUCACCGGUUCGAUAAGGAUGUGGAGCUGCUUCUGUACUAUGAGAAGACCCAUCAGCCCACUGCUGUGGUGGAGACUGGAGCGGCUGCAGCUCAGUCAGGGUCUCUGAUGGGCGACCCGGCGCUCAUGAUCAGUUUAUACCCAGAGUUCCCUGCGGAGGUGAUGUCAUCAUUGGCAUCUCAAGGAGAGUUCGUUUUUGUGGUCGACAGAUCCGGCAGUAUGGGCUGCAAGAUGCAUCAUGGGAAAGACGCACAGAAGCGCAUUGAAAGUGCAAGAGACACGCUGCUGCUGCUGCUGCUGCUGAAGAGUUUGCCCAUGGGAUGCUACUUCAACAUCUACGGAUUCGGCUCUCACUUUGAGUCCUUCUUCCCUCAGAGUGUUGUGUACAGCGAGGACACGAUGGAAGAGGCUCUGAAGAGAGUGAAGAGCAUGAACGCAGACAUGGGCGGCACAGAGAUCCUACAGCCGCUGAACCACAUCUACAGUCAGCCCUGUUACCCGGAUCACCCCCGACAGCUGUUCGUCUUCACUGAUGGAGAGGUGUGGAACACUAAGGAGGUGCUGGAUCUGGUGAAGAGUCACGCUUACUCUCACAGGUGCUUCUCCUUCGGGAUCGGUGAGGGUGUGAGUACAGCUCUCGUCACAGGAAUGGCCAGAGAAGGUUCUGGUCACGCUCAGUUCAUCACAGGCACUGAUCGCAUUCAGCCCAAAGUGAUGCAGUCACUCAGGUUUGCUCUCCAGCUGGCUGUGGAUAAUAUCUCUGUGGACUGGACCGUUCCUGAGGGCGUGACGGUGGACAUGCUGUCCCCACCCAUCAGUGCACUGUUCCAGGGUCAGAGGGCGCUCAUCUACGCUCAGAUUAAAGGACAG